GCGUACGAAUUAUUCAGUGUUAAAAUGGCUGCCCCCAUGCGAUUACGAUUAGAUUAGGCAAUCCAAGUUCAAUUCCUAUUGCCAGUUACAUUCAGAUUGAUCUAUUCUUUCUCUUGUCACAUUAAGUACUAAGUUUACUUAACAGAAAACAAGAACAUAUUAAAAGAUGGAAGAUCAACAUGGUCUUACAGAUGACUCAGCCUUCUCUAAGUUAUCAGAACUUUUGUCUAAUUCUCAAGUAACAAGGAGUGAAAUACACCAGGAAGUUCAGGCGGCAAUGGAACUUGCCAGAGAUCAGAAUAUAAGAGAGAAGAUAACAGCCAGUGAUAUAAAGGCCGUGUCGGACACUCUGACUUACUUUGUUGAACUUAUGAACGCAGACACGGCUUCAGCAUACAGCGGACUGACAGACUGUUGUCGAUUGUUGCGUAAUGUGUGUGUGCAGUGUGUCUCCGUCCAGGAUAAAAUUCUGCCAUGUCUCGAGAAAAUCAAAUCUGUGAUCAACAAUUGUGCUGAACUCAAGAGAGGAAACCACGACACUGAAAGUGAAAGUAGUUGUGUUUUGUUUCGAUGCAUUGUGCAGUUUAUCGGGAACUGCAUAGUCAAUCAUGCUAAGAACCAGGAAUAUGUUUGGAACAAUCUCCAGGAUGAGCUUAGUGAUCUGUUGAAUUAUGGAGAUGAAAAGUUAUGUACGUACACUUGUAUGGUUUACCACAACUGCCUCAGAGGAAUGCUUGACAGGAAGUCAGAGAUGGGUGCACAGCAUUGUGGGCAAAUACUCUGUGAUGUUGUCAAGGCUACGAUUGACAAAGAAUCUGAAUAUGGAUUGUUUGUGGUUGGAGAUUGUCUGGAAAUUGAUGGUGCACUUGCUGAGUGUGAUCCUGAACUAUCUGAUCAUGAAAUGUUGUAUGUUCUAGAGAUCCUGAUAGACCAGCUGAAGAGAUUACCAAAAGACUCUGAUUCAACACACAGCAUCUCACAUCCUUCAGUGGCAAAUUUAAAGUUUCUUGUCACUAAGGUUGCUCUGCAUGCAGCAACAAUCCUCAAUGUACUUGAGCAACAAAUGGAAAUUAAUCCAAAUAUAAUUGUUAAACAGAUUGAGAUCUUGGGGUUGGCCACCUCACACACCCAUCUUUAUGGAGAACUACAAAAUCAAGCCGACUUACUGACAACUUGUCUCUAUUUGCUGCACAGCAUCCAUCGUUUGGGACAACAUGGAGACAAUGUGUUCAGCAGUGUGGAGAAGGUGACUGAGAUCCACCAGGUGGACAUUCAUCAUCCGGCAUUUGGUCUGAAAAAAGACAUUGUCCGCCUGCUAGCUAAUCUUGUACACAAGCACACAGAGAACCAAGAUAAGGUGAGAGAGAUGGAUGGCUUACCGCUGAUUUUGGAUCAAACAAACAUUGAUGCCAGGAAUCCUUAUAUCUCUCAGUGGGCGAUACUAGCCAUACACAACCUGUGUGAAAAUAACUUGGAGAACCAGAGAGUGUUGUCAGACCUGAAAGUGCAAGGUGUCAGUGACAAAUCAGCAGUGGUAGAAGAGCUGGGCAUUGAAGUACAACUGAAAAAUGGCAAAGUGUCCGUGAAAUCUAGAACCCAAGACAAGUGAACUGAAACGGUGAAACCUUACCAGGCGUGAUGGUAGAUGGGAGCUACUGGAAGGUGUUCCACGGUGAACCUUCGUCAGGCAUGCUGGUAGCCUCAUCGGGCGACAUAAUCUACGUACAGGGUUAACAUUACUCUCAAAAUGAAGAGAUAGACAUUGAGCGGACAUCUCUCUCCGUUGUAGCAUGUAGUAUUGUUUUGACAUGGAUAAGUUGUUAGGGUGUAGGGUUUAGGAUACGUUUGAUAACAUAAUUACAGUGUAUAAACUAACGCUUUUUUGUCCACUUUCAUCCUGAGAAUUGACUUGUGUGUUGAGAUAUUUCAAAUUAUUUAAACAAUGCUGAUAAAAUCAGAAUUAAAAUAUUCUGUGUCGGUGAAUCAAACCAGAUUUAGAUUCUGUCAGGUCAACGUGCAGGUCCUUGUUGUCUAGUGUUGCAGUUUUAUCUGUGAUAAACCUUUUACGCAUAUAUAUAUAUAUAUAGACGUUUAUAAAUACUCGAUAUGAACUUUGACGUAAAGAUGAAACUAUGUUCACAAGAAUAUAUAUUGGUCUAUGUAUUACAGCGUGUACGAUCCAGGGAUUCCCUGGUACCCAGAUGACGAUUAUGCGUGGAUCUCCAUGGAUAUUAUACGGUUUACCCCAAAAUUCAGUAUAUAAAACGAACUUAUCACUAAAAAUAAAGAGAGAACAUGUAAAUCUUUUUGUUUUGUGUGCUUUAAUUUUGAAAUACAAAAUAUAAAGAACCAAU